AUGCACAAUGUGCAUGACCCAGGUCCGGCUCUACUCAACGGAGCGCACACAACUGACGAGGGCGCAGCCAUAAACCCAGACAACCUCACGACAGGAGCUGCCGACUACGAGGAAACAUUCCGCGUUGCCGGCCUGCCUGUCGAUGUACGGCUGGUGGGUCAAGAGCUGUUUCCGCCGCAGUCCUCGUACGUUCUGCCGCCGAUCCUGUGCCACGACCAGACACCGUAUGUCACCACCAAGUGGAAUCGCAUUGCCCACGUCGAGGAGAUAAAAAGGCGAACCGUGCGGGACAGAGUUCAGCGUUAA